GUCAAGUUGACAAGCCAAAAUACAAAGCAAAAUGUUCCUGAAAAUCAAAUAGCUAUGAUCUCAUCUCAUAGAUUCUUCCAAUUUAAUAUCUCUCACCAGUGAAAAAAUAUUGUGAACCCUUUUCUUUAUACAGAACGAUGCAACAAUCACCUUUUGAAAAUAUAUUCAAUAUUAUAGGUGGGCUAUCAGAAGGCAAUGAAAAACCUAUGAAACACGGCUUUUAUAAUGCAUUCGCACUGUUUAUUUUAACUAUUUGCUGUGCAGCUGUUUAUGUGUUAUUUCUCAUAUUAGAACCAUUUUUCAAACCAUUGUUUUGGGCGUUACUAGUAGGUUCUUUGUUACACCCUUUUAAGUACAAACUUUCAAAAAUAUUGAAAUCAUGGUUUGAAGAUUUGAAUAAAUCCAACACCUCGGUUAUAGUUGGAUUAAUAGUUAUUCCUGCGAAUGUCGUCAACUCUGUAUCUGAUACAGUUGGCCAUCAAUUUCGCGAGCACUAUAAGACCGUGAUUGCGUUACUGUCUGCAAUUUAUGUACUGCCAUGGCUAUACAACUCAGUACCGAGAAGUUUUGCUUGUAUAUUUUGGCAGAUCACCAGCUUUAUUGGAUUUUCAACUACUAUGUUAAUUAAUUUAUGUACUUCAUACAUAACUCUAACAAUAGCUGUCGCAUAUUUUGUAAGUGUGUACAUUAUGUGGACACCGCAAAGAGCUGGCUUCUUCAGGUUCACCUCACAGCUUCUCUGGCUGGUCAUCACUUGCUUCAUUGCGAGUUUAACUGGCUCUUUACAAGUGUACACAUUUGUGUUCCUCCAAAUCAUCUGUGUAAUAGGCUUUGCCUUGGAAAUAAUUGAUGUCCACAAGAAGAUGUUAGCCAAAGACCCAGACGCUUCCAUGGUGGUUGCAAUUCACAACGUCCUCACAAAUGGACACCAUAAAGAAAUUGCAGUAGUUGAAGAAAAGCCUUUAGAGGUAUCGGAACCAGACAACGAACAAGAGUCGACACCAGAAAAAGAUAGCCCAUCUCCUACAACUCCUGAUAGCAUUUCGAAAAGGGGAAGUUGGACUGGCAACGAACCAAUACAGAGUUCACCGAGACACGCGAAAAUGUUGUACAAGACCAGAACACUAUCAGCUUUGCCACUUUCCAAUACAAAAACCAAAACGGCUUUCGAGAAUCGUCUUCUCGCUUCUUUUAAGCAGCGUUCUCUUGAUGAGAACUACAUGAGAAAUAACUUCGACAAUGAUGAAGAGACGGCGUUAUAUUUCAAACUGUUGUUCUUCGCGUGCUUCUGUAUGUUAGUGUGGAAACAUAUUUGGCUGCUGCCUGUGAUGUUAUUCUUUUUGGCUAUCCACGUGAUGAGAAGAUUGUUGGACUACUUUGGUGUGUGGCUGUUCUUCGAAAACCACUAUAAUAACGUCAUGAGCAAGAUUGGUAAAUGGUGGGAUGACAGGCGAUCUGCGUUAGUACCAGCACAUAUUCGUGGCAUAGGCAAGAUUGCAUCGAUAUGCAACAGCAGAAUCAGCGACAUUGCAUAUGACUCUGUGGACACAGUCUCCAGUUGCAUAGUCAUUCUGGGCCUUAUACUAUUUCUCACUGUGGCUAUAAUAUUCAUUUGUAUACAGAUAUACUCGGAAGCUAUUGUGGUGGUACAGCUAAGUGGUAGCCUUUUAAAUAGCACUUUCGUUCAGAACAGCGAGUUGCAUGCCUACUUGCCCGAAGGAUGGGAAGAGAAACUGGACUCGCUCAUAGACAACGCUUACACUUACGGACGGGAAGGCAUUUCAACUGGGGUGAAAAGCAUACUCAAAGAAGGAGACCCGGAGAAAGUUAGUCGCGUGGAGCAACAGAUCUUGGAAAUAUGGGACCGCGUUUACCAAAGCUGGGUUUCGGGCCACUUCGCCUCUGGUCCCGGGCCACAAGUCGACGGUACUGCCAUACAGGACUCCUGGGAUAAUUUUGUCAAUGAUGUUUCUAAUGCUCCAGGUGUAUUUGAUUACUCUGGGAUCGUGGCAUGGGUACAAGCAAAUGUAGGCACUUUGAGUGCUAUAGCUACUAGCAUAUGGGCUCCGCUAGCUAGUAACGUGUCUCUUCUGGCGGGUUCAGUGGGCGCUUUCACUUCACUACUAUUAUGUGGCGGCGGUGCCAUCAUCAAUAUGUUCAUUAAUCUGAUCGUAUUUUUCACCACCCUCUUCUACUUGUUGGCGUCGAGCAACGCCCUCUACAAGCCCGUGGAAGUUAUAACUCAAAUACAACCAAACUUUGGACCACGACUCGGCAUCGCAUUAUCUGUUGCCAUAAACCAGGUAUUCAGAGCAUCAUUUAAAAUGGCUCUUUUCUACGGCUUAUGGACGUGGUUGGUGCACAAUUUCUUUGGAGCGAAAGUUGUCUACCUGCCAUCGGGUAAGUGCCGCAUUGUACAUACCACUGUAAAGUACACCCUAACUAAUAUUACAAAUGCGAAAGUGGAUUUGUUUGUUACGCUUUCGCGCCUGUACCGAUGAAUCGAAUCUGAUGAUUUUUGAUGAAGACUAGUGUAGAGAUAGUGGGUUUGUGGAUUACAUCAAUUACAUGCUACUUUUUAUAUCUGCGAUAAUACCUUCGUUUAUAUGGAUGGACCCAACUCAGUUUUAAGCUAGUUUUGGUGUACUUACUUUUAGUAGUAGUUAAAAACAUUUUAAAACUAGUGAAAACAGAAUUAGAGAGCAACAAAUUUAGAUAACCACUAACAUAUGGAAUUCGAUAUAUUAUAACAAUUAUGAAUGUUUGUUAUAUUUUUUAUUAAUUUAUCUACUGUCUAACAUUAUAAUCUCAAAUCAUUCUGUUUAUGCAUAAACUGUCAAGGUCACGAGAUAUUUUAUUUCAAUUCAUCAAAACUAAACAUUUACAUUAAUAGUAAUAAACAAUAUCCAAAUUCGUAUGUAAUUAAAGAUAUCGCGUCUGCGCACUCGAGUCGCAAUAUUACGAUUGCCGUUAUAUCAGAGGUUCAUUAAACUAUUAAUUUCAUUCGGACAGAUAAAUCGGUUCGGUUUUACAGCGCACUAUAGCAGUUAUUCCUCCGAGUAUUAUCUCGGGAUCAUGCGCAUACACAGCAAGUGUGCCGUGAUUAUUACGGCGGAGUCUGCGCCAGAGACAAAAUGUAUAUAUUCCUUUAAAAAUGGAACUUUUAAAAGUCCUUCAGUUUUUGUUACUGCUUGAAACAACUAUUGGAUUAAGGAUCAAUUUCACGAACUGCCAAAGCAAUGAAUGGACUUGCAUCAAUAAUGUGCCCUCAGAUAUUGUGUACACAUGCACAGAUGUGUCGAGUAACGACUUCAUAAUUCAUCUCAAAGACUACUACACCGACAAUAUACACAGUGUUACCGUGCAGAAUUGCAGAGUUGUCAAGGUUGUACUCGACUGUCCUUUAUUGCAAAGGGCUUCCCAACUUCAACGGUUUACACUUAAGGACUGCGACAGGGUCGAGUUUGUGACUCUAUCCAGUACAUCAUUGUUACAAACUCCACCCGAAUUUACUAUGGAAAAUAUCAAAGAGAUUGUGUCUUUACCAAGAAACAUGUUCAAAUCUCCGGUUACCCUAACUGAACUAAAAUGUUUAGGGGUCAAUUCUCUGAAGAAGAUUCGUAUAGUUAACAGUAAAAUAAACUCAUUCAACACCAAAGCAAUCUACAAUGUUACUGGUAUAAAGAACAUAGAGUUUGAGAACGUGACCAUAGCCAAUGUUCAAAAUCAAGCUAUUGAAGCUAUAAUGGGAAAUGAUAAUACUAUGUUUUCUAUGUACAGUUGUAAAAUCGAAAGCUUGAGUUCCAAAGGAAUUACUGUUCGAAGUAAGACUGUAAUUAUAGACAGUUCCACUUUUGGGGACAUUGCUUCCAGCGCUGUAAAUAUAACAUCAGAUAACUUAUGUCUUACGGGAAACUCACUAAAUGAUGUUUAUCCUAAUGGCUUGAUAUUGAAAUCGUUAAAUACAGAAAUCACAAACAAUAAAAUAAAUCGUUUGAAAAGUAACGCACUAUUCGAUGUCAAAUGUUUAAGAAAAAAGAUAAGCAAAAAACGUUUCAAUUUCUCAUACAAUAAGAUACAAAUUCUGGAACCACAUUCGUUGUCGUUUGACUUCGCCAGUUGUAAAUCCGCUGGUACUACAGUUAUGGUGACCCAAAACAAAAUCGACUGCAAAUGUCGCAAUAUAUCGUAUCUGACGUCGUCGUCCUUGACUACAGAACUGAACAGUAUAAUAUUAGAUGUAUCGAACAAUAAUACUUGUGUAGCAGUGCCGUGCACACUGCCCGUAGAGGUCGUCCAGAUAUUAUUGUCAAGCGACAUGUGUCAGCUGAACCUUGACCCUCGCGUCGUAUGUUUGCUAUACAGCGAUAGGAAGCCUACAAACAAUCACAAUGAAGUGACCACUGACGAAGAAGUCACCGAACCCGCGCCUACUUUCUACCUGAUAAGGCAAGCUAAUUCACCUAGCGGUGACGCAAGCGCUGCUAUGACGGCCAUAGACAAAGAUGACCUUUUGAGAGAUAGCCAUUUGAACAUGACAAACAGGACAACGAUCAAAGUAUACUUUGACUCUUCCAAAGACUUCGUGGAAACUUUGAGGAGCACUGGCACGCGGACCAAACCACAGGAAACGUCUAAAGCGCCACCUAGAGAAGAUCAUGCCAACCACUGUGUAGGCAAUCAAUGUAAAAACACUGUUGCCUAUGAUAGGCAGAAGGCGUUAGAUUUUUACAAAUAUCUAUAUGCGCAAUUGCGGCCCCCGAGGCAGAACGACAACAAGAAAAAGAAAACAUAAUUUUAGUAAACAGAUGUAUUUGAAAAAUUUAACUUGUAAUGCAUGAAUCGUAACGCAUGGCUCUUUACUGAUACUAAUUUAGCACAGCUAUUGUUGCUGAGACACAGUACGUGACAGCAACAAUUAGCCUGCCGGAUAGAGAUAAUUUCAGAUAGAGUUUCGAACAGAGGACCUUAGCCACACAAAAAUUAACGACCUUCUUUCCCAUUAACCUAUAGUAUGACUUGCCACAUGUCACAGAUUCGAAACCAAGAGAUUUUAAGUAUUAAACAUGUUUAUAAAAAUUUUAUAUUUCCUUUAUAAAAAUUUGAUUGGCCGAUAUGAUGUUUCCAACGAUCGGCACCGCUGCAGUGUCUUUUGUUUCAUGCACCACAAAAUUGUUUAUUUAUUGUCUAUGUAAGAAAUCCAUUAUACGCCUAUUAAAAUA